AGGAAAAGAGCGAGAGAGAAAAGAGAGCGAAGAGAGAGAGAGAAAAAAGAGAGCAAGAGAGAGAGAGAGAAAAGAGAGCGAGAGAGAGAGCGAGGAAAGAGCGAGGGAAAGAGAGCGAGGGAAAGAGAGCGAGAAAGAGAGCGAGGAAAAGAGCGAAGGAAAGAGAGCGAGAGAGAGAGAGAAAAAGAGCGAGAGAGAGAAAAAGAGCGAGAGAGAGAAAAAGCGAGAGAGAGAAAAGAAGAGCGAGAGAAAAAAGAGCGAGAGAAAAAGAGAGCAGAGAAAAAGAGACGAGAGAAAGAGAAGCGAGAGAAAGAGGAGAGAGAG